AUAUUUACCUUGCCAAGUAACAUUUUUCCCUUCAUACUCAAUCAAUCUCUCAUAAAUCAGGUAAUUGUAUGUUAGAAAAUACAGGAUGUUUUCUUCUUUGGGUGUAAUUGUGCAGUCUGGCACUUUCUACUUAAAAGAUGUUCUCCUACAUGAAGGAUGGGCUGUGGUAUCUUUUUUUUAAACUAUGUUUUUCUUUAGCUGUCUGAAUGCAUUUUCCUGCCUUAUAUUAGGUUAACAUCAACAGCGCUUGCCAUCUGGUAAAUUUACUGAAGCAGUUGCCUUGGUAACCAAGCUUUUCCUUCAGUUUAUUUAACAAUUAUUUAAUGGAAGAAGUUCCUUUUUGGUUACAAGUCAAUAUUAAUGUACUACACAUAAUACAACUUAGCUGUGUGUUAUCCUGUUGUCAUGGCUGAUGAUGGUUUCUAUGGCAACCAAUCCAAACUCCAAAGGUGCUUGCUAUUACUUUGCAUGGUUACUACAUGUAGAAUUACAAUGACAGGUAAGAUAUCAUCAAGUGCUCAUAUAAGUGCCAUAAAUUCAGUUGUCAGGCCAUUUCCAUAUGGUCUUAAAAACUCCCGAAAAUUCAAAGUCUCCUCCCAUUUAUAUAUGAUUAUACUCCAAACUGAAAGGAAUAAACAGUUUUUGCAUGGUUUUACUCAUGAUUAUCAAGGAAACUUGACAUUAUCAUGCCUGCCAGAAACUUAGGGAUAUACAGGCAUACAUUUGAAUAUCAUCAUGGGCUAUCUUGAAAAUCCAUUCUCAUAUAUCAAUUUUAGGUAUCAUCAGAUUGAUAUUUUCAAUACAUAAAUGUAAUGAUGUUAUAAAAGGUUGGCUGUAAUGGUUUUGAGCAGAAUGUGAGAGAGUAAGAUGUGUGAGCAAACUUUGAGUGUG